UUCCAUUCAGAACAGUGUGACAACUAGCCCCGGUGUCCCUGAUUGAUAAACGCAUACUUGGAGAUAAUUGUUUGAAUUUAAUGAAGUUUGAAGCGCGGUGCACGCGCACAGGCGAGCACGCGCUUCCAGAAGUGUGCAGCAUCAUGUGUCGCAUUGAUUCAUCAGUGCAGAUCAGAGAAUGCUGCACAUGCACACGCAGCUGAAGUUCACAGGAAGUCUGUCUGCAAUGCAGCUCUAGCGGUUUGUGAGAGAGCAGCACAUCUCGCUUCUGCCGGACUCCGAGAGCUCGUGAUGGACGGUUCGGACCGGGCAGGACUCGUGCUCGCGCUCGCGCUCGUCGGGGUUCUUCUCUUACAGAUGUCGGUGUCGGCGGAACAGGAGGUGGAGAAUCUGUCCGGACUGUCUGUGAAUCCGGAUCGGGAUAUAUUUGUGGUGCGUGAGAACGGCUCGACGUGUCUGAUGGCGGAGCUCGCGGUGAAAUUCCUCGUUCCGUACGAUGUUCUCGCGCUCAACGGGAUCGACCUGAUCACGGAGCAGGUGUCUCUGUCGGUCCCGCGCGGGGCUCAGAUUGCCGGUAAAUGCGGGACGAGUGAAUCGGAGCUGCACAUCUCGUGGAUUAAUGACGCAUUCAUAUUCCGCAUCUUCUUCUCAAAGGAGAUGAGCAGUGAUGAUAAAGCCAAAGAAACUAAAGUGUGGAAAAUAAACAAGGUUCAGCUGGUUUAUGACACAUCAGAGAAGACACACUUUAUAAACGCUUAUAACCCGGGGAAACACACAGCAAGCACACACCGUCUGUCAGCGCUGGUCACUCCGGCCGGUCACUCAUAUGUGUGUGCCGCUCAACAGACGCUCACGCUGAUCUCCAGCGAUCAUCAGAAGGGAAUCACCGUCUCCAUGUACGACAUCCAGAUCCAACCCUUUGACAUCAACGGAGACUUCAUCUUCAGUGAACCGUAUAAAUGCAUCACAGACGAGCGUGAGCAGUUAGAACAGACGCUGCCGCUGAUUCUGGGUCUGUUUCUGGGUCUGAUCGUCGUCAUCACCAUCUCAGUGUACCACUUCCACCUCAAACUGACCACACAACAGCAAGUGCAGCUGCCCCGGGACCGCUCGCUCUAUAAGAACAUGUGAGCAACACCAGAAC